GUGCUGGUGGUGCGUGCUGACACAGCUCAUUCUCAUCCGUGUGCGUUCCGGCAAUCUCGGUGCUCUGACGUGUGUGAAAUCACAAUCAAGCCCGAUGGUGUUAACAGGUGAACAAGUGAGCCGACUAAAUAACUGACCCGGCAACAGAAGCGCACAGUGCUGUGAGUGCAUAUGUACAGUGUGGCUCGACGAUGAAUAAUCGACGGGUGGUGUGUGUGUUUGCAAAUCCGCGGUUCGUUCAGUGCCGGAGAUAAAUGAAUGUCAAAUGUGACAGGUCGAUCGAUCGAACUGUCAAAAGCAAAUGUGUUAAAGUAGGCUGGGCCGGUGGUUGCAUUAAGAGAAGGUGAAAAAGAAAGCAGCAAGAGUCAUUAGUGUUACUGUUAGUACAACCAGUACAUGGUGGUCCGAAACGACCCGGAGGAGUCGAGUGAUAAAUACGAUGUGUUCAGAAAGCGGUGUCAACGAGGCCCGUGUGGUGUUACGUGCGGUUGUGAAGCAGUUUGAAGAGAUUUAAAUCCAUCAUCGCGCCCCAUUAAUCCGCUCUUAAACGUCUGUGUGUGUGUGUGCGUGAGUCGCUGUUUGGAUCUCAUAUGUCAUCAAAUCGGUAUCCAACCGGUGUGGUUUGUAGUUUGUGUUUUGGUUAAUUGUGUAGAAAAGAAGCCAACAUCCCGAAAACCCGUACUGAAAUUUGAGCAGAGUGAGGGCUGCCUUCAGAACGUCGUGCCGGAUUAGUUCCAAGGUUGCCGAACGGUUUAGGCGGAAAAGCGGGCAGUUCCGAAAUCGAUUGGGGCGAACAAUAGCCGGGAUGUAACGGGAUGUAACGGAACUGGCACGGGCAAACGUUUGGUAGCUUCUGGUAGGAACAUCAGAAGCAUUGUGAUCGGGAAUACAAACGAAAGAAAAAGAGGAAAAUCCGGUAACGACUGUCGAUUUCAGCUGUGGAAAUUUAUAGCCAUUGAACGCGAACUGUCCAACCGAUCGAAGACCAGCGUCGUCCGGGAAUUAGGAGAAAAAAACAUCGUAAAGCCUUCUUUUAGUUGCAACCCCACAAAAUGCAUCCAUCGCGAAGUGGUCCACCCGACUGCUCCGAAACCGCGCCCGGGAUCAAACGAUUCCGGCAGCUUUAAGCCGAUGUUCGGCGCGUUCGGUCCUUCCAGCAGCAGUGGCACCGUGGGCUCCGCGUGAAGUUCAGGUGCACCAUACCCCCGGGCCCAAUCAUUAACGGUGGAGCGACGGCAGAGACGGCGAGGCGCAGGCCACCCGCCUCCGAGACGCGCAGAUCAAAGGGCACCGCAACGGUCGGGGGCGCGGUGAAAAUGGCGAAGCACCACCGCAUACCGACGCUGGCGGAAAACAUCAACCGGUCGCCCCGGCUCAGUUACCUGGCCUCCCACGCCCAGUCCGCGUCCUUCAUGAGCGAGGGCGGCGAAAUUACGGAGCUGAUGGCGCUGGACGAGUCCGAGAAUCUGCUGCACGAUCGGACCGCCUCGGUGCAGGUGAUCAGCGGCAGUGGAGGCGCUCUCUGCGGCAGUUACGGUAGCUACGCUAGUGGGCCGCUCGCCGGUCAGCUAACGCCGGGCGGCCGGAUGCUGGUGGGGGGGAAUGUCGGUGCGGUGAAUGGUGGCACGGGCACGGUGAACGCCGGUGGCAUCAGUCCCGGUGUUGGGAGCUUCGGCGAUGGCAGUGACCGGUUGGAGGAGCUUGGGAUCGCGUUCAACGAGCAGCUGAUGUAUGGGGCGGUCGGUGGAAAGUUGCUCACCAACUCGCCCGCGGUAACGAUCGUCGAGAUGGCGGGUGGCGGUGGGCAUGCGGCGAUGAGGCAGAAAAACUUCAAGCGCAAGUCAACGGCCACGGCUGCGAUGGUGGCGUCCGGCGAACAGACGUCCUUGAAUGCUAUCGGGCUGCAGCUAUCGGUCGACCGGGGCGGACCGCAGGAGUGGGGCGAAGCGACCCGCAGCUAUGUAAAGGCCCAGCGGCGACAUGCCGGACGGGCAACUUUCCAGGGCCAGGUGUACAACUUCCUCGAGCGUCCGGCCGGCUACAAGUGCUUUGUGUACCAUGUCUCUGUAUUUCUGCUUGUUUUAGUGUGUCUGAUAUUUAGCGUACUAUCGACGAUAGACGAGUACAGUAAGUUCGCGAACGAGACCUUAUUCUGGAUGGAGAUCUGUCUGGUGGUGUUCUUCGGUGUCGAGUACCUGGUCCGGCUCUGGUCCGCCGGCUGCCGUUCGAAGUACAUGGGCUUCUGCGGCCGGUUACGCUUCAUCCGCAAACCAAUCUGUAUUAUAGAUCUUAUUGUAGUGGUAGCGUCUAUGGUUGUGCUGUCCGUCGGCUCAAAUGGUCAGGUGUUCGCCACGAGUGCCAUCCGAGGCAUCCGCUUCCUGCAGAUUCUUCGCAUGCUGCACGUGGACCGGCAGGGCGGUACCUGGCGAUUGCUCGGCUCGGUCGUCUUUAUCCAUCGACAGGAGCUGAUUACCACACUGUACAUCGGUUUCCUGGGGCU